UGAGUUAUGGUUCUUGGGGCAUUUUGUUAGUUCCGGCUCACAGAAAAAUCAACAAGUCAUAAUGUGUAAAGCUCAAAAACAGCUGUAAAAUGUGAGACUGAAGUCACGUCAUAACUAGAAUGUCCAGUUACCAGGCGUUUGGUGAAAUUCCAAACCCAGGAAGACUUGCAGAUAAUAAUUUAGUUGAGACAACGUUUGGUGCCAGCAAUGGUCUGUCACCGGUCACCACAGUAUCCGUUAACACUCCCUUACCUAGAGAAAAUGACACAUAUGACCCAACCAUCACCCGAGGAACGGCUGAGGGCAUGACCAGUCCUACCUUCCAGAAUUCAGACACCCUGUUAGUUGUCCCCCAUCAACAUAAACGAACAAAUUCCAAUGUUUCUAGGAUAUCGGCCCUCAGUGUGGAAGAGGAGGAAAUAACUGUCUUUGUUGAACCGCCAAACAAGAAGCUGUAUUGCAGACUGUGUCAGAAAGUGUUCAAAGAACCUGUGAUUGUAGCAUGCGGGCAUACCUACUGUCACCGAUGUGUCACCAGCAAUCCCGAAGCCACCUGCCCCGUGGACGGAAAGUCGCUGGACAUCAUAGUAGCCAACAUCACUCUGUCCGAGCAGAUUGGGGACCUGUUUGUCCAUUGUAAAUAUGGAUGUUCGCCAUCUCUGGAUGGACAGGACUAUGUGGUCGAUUCCAGCAAGUGUCCUGUGCAGUGUCGAAUCACCAACAGGAGUGAACAUGAGGACAUGUGCGACUUCAUGAUGAUGGAGUGUCCAAACAACAGUGGAUGUCCCGCUGUCCUUAAAAAAGAUUUGGAGGACCAUCUAAAGACUUGUAACAGAGCUCGCUGUCCACACAAUCGAUUUGGUUGUGAGUUUAUGGGUAUACAUGAUGAACUGGACGAGCAUUUAAAAGUUUGCAAAUUCGAGGCAAUGAAGGAAUACAUUGUUCGCACAGAAGAAAAAAUGUCCGACAUGCAGUAUUCACUUAAUCAAAAGGACCAAGAAGUAGGAUUUCUGCGUUCUAUGUUAGGGAAGUUAGCGGAGAGACUAGAAAACAUGGAAAAACAAACAGAGGACAGAGUAGAGCACCUGGAGCACAGACUUGGGGAUGUGGUGGAGGAAUUGGUGAGCGUCAAGAGGGAAAAUACUGUUAUGCAGGAUGAUUUAGAGCAAGUAAAGAAUGUGCUGAGUUCCAGAAGUCUUCCCUAUGCACCCUACGAUCCUCUUCAGAUGUUCAAGUGUAGAGGGACCUUUGUCGGACAUCAGGGACCCGUUUGGUGUUUGUGUGUCAACAAUGAUUUCUUAUUUAGCGGUUCAUCGGACAAAACAAUAAAGGUCUGGGACACUGGCAAUAACUACAAAUGUUUGAAGACUCUGGAAGGUCACUCGGGAAUCGUGUUGGCUAUCUGUACCUAUGGAAACAAAUUGUACAGUGGCUCCCAAGACAGUAGCAUCAUAGUCUGGAACAUUGACAACUUUGAACAAGUCUGUGUGAUAGAUGCCCACUGCAAUCCGGUGUGUACGCUCGCCUCGACCAAAAGCUUGCUGUUCAGUGGAUCUCUGAAGGUCAUCAAGGUAUGGGACGUACACACCAAUGAAUUGAAGCAGGAAUUGACGGGUCUAAACCACUGGGUGCGGGCACUCGUGGCAACUCAGAACCACCUAUACAGCGGGUCUUAUCAAACAAUACGGAUCUGGGAUCUGGAGACCCUGGAAUGCCUACAGAUGCUGGAGACAUCGGGAGGCAGUGUGUACAGCAUAGCUAUCACUAACUACCACAUCCUGUGUGGCACAUACGAAAAUGUUAUUCAUGUAUGGGAGCUAGAAUCAAAGAACCAGAUCGUCACGCUGAAAGGCCACACGGGUACAGUGUAUGCCUUGGCCGAGCUGCAGACAUCCUCCGGAACAAAGAUAUUCAGUGCCUCCUACGACCGAUCUCUGAGGGUCUGGAGCAUGGACAACAUGAUAUGUACUCAGACGUUACUUCGACAUCAAGGCAGCGUGGCCUGUUUAGCCCAGUCCCGGGGUAGGAUCUUCUCGGGAGCUGUUGACAGUACUGUGAAGGUGUGGCAGUAGAGGAGACAUGAAUGGCCGCUCAAGAUCACCAACACUGGUUUUGAAGGGAAAGAAACAGAAUUUGAUAUUUUUUCAAGGCUGAUAUAUGAUGGACACUUAAAAGAGAGUUCUAUAGAUUAUUAGUGAUUAAUUUCACACAAUUUUAUUUCACGAAAUUUUUAUAAUGCCUUAGUUUUAUACUGUUAUUUAUAUAUACAUAUUGUGUACAUGCUGACAUGAAUUCAUAUAAAUCCAUUACUAUUACAUAUAUA